AUGAACCUUGAUGGUGUGGAGAAAGGUUCUAAAGAUCCUAAGCUGGAGAAAGUGGGGAAAGUCACGAUUGACCAGUUGCGUGCAAUUGCCACAGAGAAGUUGCCGGAUUUGAAUUGUUCUAGUAUAGAAUCAGCAAUGAGAAUUAUAGCAGGCACUGCUGCUAAUAUGGGAAUCCAAGUUGACCCGCCUGUUCUUGAACCAAAAAAGAAGGAACUUGUGUAG